CGCUGGCGGCGGCGGCGGCGGCGUCAGUGCCCGGCGGGGAGCGGGUCCCAGGCCGCCGCCGGACCGGAGGCACAGGGAGCCUUUGGGAGCUCCCUCUCCGGGCCCUCGGCGGCCUCAUGGCGUAGGAAGGACGGGCUGUGAGUGUUGACAUUGAGUGCUUCAGAUCUGGUCACUAUGGUCCGAGAACGAAAAUGCAUAUUGUGCCACAUUGUGUACGGCUCAAAAAAGGAGAUGGACGAACACAUGCGGAGCAUGUUGCAUCACAGGGAACUUGAGAACUUGAAGGGCAGGGACAGUAGUCAUGAGUGCCGAGUAUGCGGGGUCACAGAAGUGGGUCUCUCUGCAUAUGCAAAGCACAUUUCUGGCCAGUUGCACAAAGAUAAUGUUGAUGCCCAGGAAAGAGAAGAUGGUGGAAAGGAAGAAGAAGAAGAAGAUUAUUUUGACAAGGAACUUGUUCAGUUAAUACAGGAAAGAAAGGAACAAAGUCGACAAGCUGAGCCUUCCAGUAACAGCCAAGAAAUAAACUCGGAUGACAGGCAGCCCCAGUGGAGACGCGAAGACCGAACCCCUUACCAAGACAGAGAGAGCUAUAACCAGCCAGCAAGGCAUCAUCGUGGACCUCCACAGUGGGACUGGAAAUGGGAAAAGGAUAGCUUUAACAAUACUAGGAAAAGUAGCUUCCCACAUUCUUUGAGGAAUAGUGGUGGGCCAAGAGGAAGUUCUGGGUGGCAUAAAGGUGCUCCAAGAGGCUCUUCAAAUUGGUUCCAUAAUCAUAGUAAUUCUGGAGGGGGUUGGCAUUCGAACAAUGGAAUGGUGGACUGGAAUUAUAGUGGUACAGGAAGGAAUUCCAGCUGGCAUUCUGAAGGAGCAGGUGGCUUUUCCAGCUGGCACGGGAACAGCAGUAACGGAAACUGGAAAUCCAGUGUACGUGGUACAAAUGGUUGGAAUUACAAUGGCCCUGGAGACAAAUUUCAGCAAGGCAGAAACAGAAAUUCUAACUACCAAAUGGAAGACAUGACCAAGAUGUGGAGCAAGAAGUCUAAUAAGCCAAGCAAGUACAACCAGGAGAGGUACAAAUGGCAGUGGCAGGGCAGCGACCAAGCUGGUAAAUACAGAGGUCCUCUCGAGGGGCUCGCAGGGGAGAAAUUUCCUGCGGCGGAAGGCUUACUUGAGUUCAAUUUUGAGCAGCAAGAAAGUCAGACGACUAAACAAACAGACACAGCAGUCUCAAAAAUGAACGGAAAGAGUGCCAACAUAGCACGGGAAAAGUUCCGCCGCUGGGCACCUUACCCUGCCCAGAAGACUCCAGAUUUACAGUCAGCCCUGAAGGAAGUCACUGGCAACACGUCAGAAACGAUAGAGAAGCCUCUCUUUAAUUUUAGCUUAAUAACUGCAGGAAUGCAAGAACCGAUUGAUAAAACAAGUAAUCCCCCAAUGCUAAAAACACAAAAGGAAAUACAUCCUGGAUCUCCCAAUCACAAAGCCGAUCCUGAUGUCACUGCUUUCCAUGAGGUGGUGAGAUCUUGCCCCAUUACUGAACAGUCUGAACCACAUCGUAAGUCAAAUAAGAUUCCAUUAUUAAAAUCCCCGCUCCUUCCAACUCCUAAAUCAGGCCCUCAUAAGCAUAAUUUAAAGAACCGCUCAAAAAAUAAUGAAACAAAAUCUUUUUCUCCUGGAGAUCGCUCACGUCUCUUGAACAAAUCCCCUUUAGAAGGUAGCCAUGGUUCUUCCUGCAUCUCCAAGUCACAUGGUUUAGGUCCUCCUGUUUUAAAGGGGAAUAAAACUGUGUCAGGCACGGAAAAAGACCCUGAUGAGAAGUUAAAUGACACAUCACAGAAAACCCAGGAGGCGCUCCAGUGUCCCAAAGCACUGCGAAAGCCACUUGUUAGCAAGUCCAAAUGGCCUGAGAGCCAUGCAAAAGAAAGUAGGAGGGUAGAAGAGUCAACUGAAGACUCUGUGAACGUUGAGUUUCAGGCACACUCGGCUGAAAACGACAGUGCAGCAUCUGAUCCAGAAAGGCACGGUAUCAAAAGUGGAGCUGUGGCUUUGGCAACUACAGAGACUGUGUCCUGUAGCACUCACACUGUGGACAAGGAACAAGGGAACCAGAUCCUGGGUACAUCUGGGAACCUUUCCACCUCCCCCCACAAUUCCACAGUUCCCCAGAAGGAGCCUGAGUUCCAAGUGACAGCAGCAGCCGGUCCACACACUGGCUUACUGCUAGACUUGAAGACCUCCCUGGAAGAUGCACAGGAUAACAACCUUGUUAAGUCUGAUGGACCUUUUGAAACAGAAAGCUUUGAGGGCACUAGCUUGGAUGCAGAGCUUCAAAAAGAUAUUAAUAAUCAGCCCCCAGGCACACUCCUUCCCGAACUAAGUAAACUUGGUUUUCCCGCCUCACUCCAGCGAGAUCUGACCCGGCACAUUAGUCUGAAGAGCAAAACUGGAACACAUCUUCCAGAGCCAAAUCUCAACAGUGCCCGACGUAUUCGAAAUGUUAGUGGCCACCGAAAGAAUGAGACAGAGAAGGAGUCUGGGCUUAAGCCAACCCUACGACAGAUUCUAAAUGCAUCAAGGAGAAAUGUCAACUGGGAACAGGUCAUUCAACAUGUAACCAAGAAAAAGCAAGAGCUGGGCAAAGGUUUACCCAGGUUUGGCAUAGAAAUGGUACCUUUGGUUCAAAAUGAACAAGAAGUCUUGGAUUUAGAUGAGGAACCUGAUCUGUCCAGACUGGAAGGAUUCCAGUGGGAAGGCGUUUCCAUUUCCUCAUCCUCUGGCUUGGCGAGAAAACGAAGCCUUUCUGAAAGCAGCGUGAUCAUGGACAGGGCUCCUGUGUAUAGCUUCUUUAGUGAGGAAGGUACCGGCAAAGAAAAUGAACCCCAGCAUGUCAUUUCACCUAGUAACACAUUGAGUGCUGCCCAGAGUCAAAAGGCAGCCAUGUAUCUUGAACAGGAAGUGGCUCCUCUGACUCCCUCUGUCAGAACAGGUGAAAGGGCUGGAAACAUUCCUACCCAAAGGCGACAUAGCGCACAGUUUCCAUCUGAUCACAUAACACCUUUCAUGCAUUCGGCCAGCGACCUGCACAGCCAGGAGAGGUCUACAGCAUCGUUGGAGCGCAAUGCCCAGGAGAGCAGUGGAGAAGGGAACUCACUCUCAUCAAAUGCGUCUUCAGUUCAUGCAGUUUCCAGCUUAGCAGAUGCAGCCACUGACAGUAGCUGUACCUCUGGUGCUGAGCAAAACGAUGGUCACAGUGUUAGAAAGAAGCGAAGAGCCACCGGGGAUGGAUCUUCCCCUGAACUACCAAGUCUUGAGAGAAAAAAUAAAAGAAGGAAAAUUAAAGGAAAGAAAGAACGUUCUCAGGUUGACCAGCUACUGAAUAUUUCCUUAAGAGAGGAAGAGCUGAGCAAGUCGCUGCAGUGCAUGGACAGCAACCUCCUGCAGGCCCGGGCGGCACUGCAGACGGCCUAUGUCGAAGUUCAGAGGCUGCUCGUGCUCAAGCAGCAGAUAACCAUGGAGAUGAGUGCACUGAGGACUCACAGAAUACAGAUCCUGCAAGGAUUACAAGAAACGUAUGAACCUUCUGAGCAGCCAGACCAGGCUCCCUGUAGCCUCACCACACGAGAACAAAGGAAUAGCCGAUCUCAGACCUCCGUUGAGACCACACUGCUGCCUACUCCCCUUUCCCUAGGGUUUCUGGAGCCACCUCCUUGCCGUGUGUCUCCACCAUCCACUGGAACCCCUCUCCAAAUAACCGCAUCUACUUUCCAAGUCCAUGGUACUGUCCCUGAUUCAUCAGUUCAGAUUAAACAAGAGCCCAUGUCUCCUGAACAAGAGGGGAAUAUGAGUGCUGUGCCACAAGGCUCUGCUUCCAGUGUGUCCAAGGAAUUACUGCAGACUAAUAGAGUGGUCAGUGACAGCUGUCCAGUUUACCCAGCAAUCCCAUCAGAGUCAACAGAAAGUUACCUGGAGGCUAACCAAGAUCAAAAUUUUUCUGUGGAGCAAGGAAAUUGCAGAAGCAGAGAAAACUCUCCCUGCUCCCAGUCUCCUGGUCUCCCUGGAAGAAACAGAGGUGAAGAGAGCGCCCGAGGCAGCAGUGGGUCUGAAGCCUGCAGCAGCUCUUUUCUAAGGCCGUCUUUCACUUCCGAGACCCCUGUGGAGAAGGAAACUCACUCUGCAGCUGAACUGCGGGCAGAGUCCGCACUGGCAUCAGCUGAGACCAGAGGAAGCAAGAAGAAGAAGAAACUUCGGAAGAAGAAGACACUGCGGGCCACCCACGUUCCCGAGAACAGUGACACCGAACAGGAUGUGUUCACUGCCAAGCCUGCAAGAAAGGGAAAGACGGGAAAGGUAGCUAAAGGGGAGAAAGUCACGACGUCCAUCUGGGAAGACAGCAAGACUGGUCGGGAACAAGAAGCUGUCGGGGAUGAGCCCGACAGUGAGUCCUCCCUGGAAGUCCUGGAAGUCCCAAGUCCCCAGUUAGAAGUGGUUGCCAUUGAUUCUUCUGAAUCCGGAGAGGAGAAACCAGACAGCCCAUCGAAAAAGGGUAGCUGGAGCUCUGCAGACCAGAACCCACUCGAGACUUCUCGUGCUGGUUGUGAUGAAGUUAGCUCCACCAGUGAGCUUGGCACCCGCUACAAGGAUGGCAUUCCUGUCAGUGUGGCAGAAACUCAGACGGUGAUAUCCUCCAUAAAAACAUCUAAGAACUCUUCAGAAGUAUCUUCAGAGCCAGGAGAUGAUGACGAGCCUACAGAAGGGAGCUUUGAAGGACACCAAGCUGCAGUGAAUGCAAUUCAAAUAUUCGGAAACUUACUGUAUACCUGUUCAGCAGACACAACUGUCCGAGUUUAUAAUUUGGUGAGUCGGAAGUGUAUUGGUGUCUUUGAGGGCCAUAUUUCCAAAGUGAACUGCCUCCUUGUCACUCACACCUCUGGGAAGAAUUCUGUCCUUUACACUGGUUCCAGUGACCACACCAUUCGCUGCUAUAAUGUCAAGACCCGAGAAUGUAUGGAGCAGUUAAAGCUAGAAGACCGAGUUCUCUGCCUUCAUAAUAGAUGGCGAAUCCUCUAUGCUGGACUGGCAAACGGCACUGUGGUCACCUUCAGCAUAAAGAACAACAAGCGACAGGAGAUCUUUGAAUGCCAUGGCCCUAGGGCAGUCAGCUGUCUUGCCACAGCCCAGGAAGGUGCCCGAAAACUGCUGGUUGUAGGAUCUUAUGACUGUACCAUUAGUGUCCGUGACGCACGGAAUGGACUACUGCUCAGAACCCUGGAGGGCCACAGCAAGACCGUUCUUUGCAUGAAAGUGGUGAACGACCUUGUGUUCAGUGGUUCCAGUGACCAGUCGGUCCAUGCUCACAAUAUCCAUACUGGUGAGCUCGUGCGCAUCUAUAAAGGUCACAAUCAUGCGGUGACCGUGGUAAACAUCCUGGGGAAAGUGAUGGUGACUGCUUGCCUGGACAAGUUUGUUCGAGUCUACGAAUUACAGUCCCAUGAUCGACUGCAGGUUUAUGGAGGACACAAAGACAUGAUUAUGUGUAUGACCAUCCAUAAAAGUGUGAUUUACACUGGUUGUUAUGAUGGAAGCAUCCAGGCUGUGCGGCUGAAUCUGAUGCAGAAUUAUCGCUGUUGGUGGCAUGGCUGCACUCUGAUAUUUGGUGUUGUGGAUCACUUGAAACAACAUUUGCUGACUGACCACACUAAUCCGAACUUUCAGACACUGAAAUGUCGCUGGAAGAACUGUGAUGCUUUUUUCACAGCUAGGAAAGGAUCCAAGCAGGACGUUGCAGGACAUAUCGAGCGGCAUGCUGAAGAUGAAAGCAAAAUGGAUUCGUGAAGUGUUUGCCUCCCAUGUCGGGAAGUUGUUUGUGAACUCUCUUCACAUUGGCCCCUCCAGUGAAGCCAGGAAGGAGAAAGUGGUUCACAGCCAGACCUACCGCUAGCAAAGUCUGGGCAGUCCGUGGGGUGAUAGGUUACAUACAAGUCAAGUCUGUGCUGGAGCAUGUAAGGGUGACGUUAAGUGGAUUCUAAGGAACCGUACCAUACUCUUCUGGGAGAGAUGACAUACAGAGAUUUAUGCUACUAGACUAUAGGUGUUUAUUAAAGAUUCAGAUAUUAAUUGGUUACCCAGUUUGAUCCUAAUCAUA